CGUCGCCGCAGCUCUUCCACCGCCGGCGCCGUCGCCGCCGCUCCGCCACCGCCGGCGCCGCCGCCAUUGGAGAGUCAAAAAAAAAAAAGAAAAGAAAAGAAAAAAGGAGAUGCCCUCGCUUCAGACGGCGUUACCUCCUGAGUUGGCAGAUAACGUAAUCAGGUUGUACCGCGAAUGCCUUAGGAGAGCUAAGUACAUUGGUCAUCAGCAACACAAUACCGAGGCUGUUGUUAGCAUGGUGAGGCAACAAUUCAAGAAACACAUGCAUGAAACUGAUUCCGAGAAAAUACAGAAGUUGAAGGAUGACGCCGCAAGGGGGCUUAUCAAUCAUAUGCUCUACGAGUCCGAGAAGAUGUCCGGCCGCAAGUUCUCCAGCUCCAAAUGAUCGUCACAAACUCCCCGCGACGUGUCUGCUCGGUUGAAAUACUUCGCAAGCGGGAGCUUCAAAGCUGUCCGCUGAGAGUUGUUCGACAUUUUCUAAUUUAUUCGCUAGUCUCGAACCAUUCGCUACUGCACUCAUAAAGCAUUUCAUUCCCGUUCUCUGGAUUGCACACAAUUUUGAUGUUAAGAUGCAAUGAAUCCAGAGUUUGUAAUUGAAUUCCGUCUCUGUUCAUACCUGGGGACAGAAAUAUGCUUAAGACAUGCAGAUCUCCUGAGUAGCUUUUUGCUAGCCCUGGAUAACCACAUGGCGCGAUGAUUCUGUAUUAUAUGGUUUUGAUGGUUGAAGGGGGAAUAAUCUGUAACUAGGGUUUGACAACAACUAUAUUAUCAGUGGAUGCUGCUACUUCUUUGAUUGGCAGAAACAAAGACAUUUGGUUUC